AUGUCAUCACUACCACCAAAACCUAAUUUAACUAGGAAACAUCAAUCAAAAGGUGGUAAUAAUGUUAGAUCCAAGAUUAAAAUUUUUGAAGAAGCUAAUGGGUUAAAUCAAAAUAGUUCAAAUAAGAAUGAUUCAAUACCAUCACACUUACCGCCAGAAGCUUAUGAGUCUAAAGAUAGACUCAAAUCACAAAGAAAUAAAGAAAAUAUACCACCAUAUGAAAUCAAUUCAACAGCGUCUUUCAUAAAUCAACAAAAUGACCAUGGAAAUGAACAUUAUGAAGCAGCUGCUAUUGAUAAAAAGUUUGGAUUACAACUGUCAAAAGAAGAACUAGUCCAUAAAGAAAUGGGAGAAAAGGUUUUAGAAAUUACAUUAUAUCAUAUAAAACAAUUAGAUCAAGAUUUUUAUGAUUAUUGGUAUACAAAAACAUUAGGCACAGGUCAUAAACCCUCCAAUACUAAUAAUUUAAAAUUAUCCAUGCAGUUAAUUAAAAAAUUUUAUAUAUCUAUAUUCACAACCAUUUUUGAUUAUGAGAGACAAAAUGUUAUUACUGAUAUUAAUGAAAAGUUGUUUGAAAUACCUGUUGUUAAUGAUGAAGAAUCUUUAAGAAGAUUUAAAUCAUUUUGGGGUAAAUUUCUGGGAAAGUUGGAAUCAUAUCAUGAGAUUGAAUAA